CUUUCAGGACCGUUGGAUUAAAACUACGUUUUAGAUCGUCUUAGAAAAAAAAAAAAAAAAAAAAAAAAGUGGUGGCUUCUCUGAUUUCUGAAAAUAAAAAACACGAUCCUUUUUCCAGAAAAGAAAUCCAGUUUUUCUUGAGGAAAUCACAGACGUUGAUAGAGUUGACAGAUUUGAAGAAAACGCCGGAGUUGAUAUCGAAAUAGAAAAUCGCCGGAGUUGAUAUCCGACCAGAAAAUUAAAAGAAAAUCUGAGAAGAAGGUAGAAGACGAUUUUGAGGUAGAAAAUGCCCAAGGUGAAGACAAACCGAGUCAAAUACCCAGAAGGCUGGGAAUUGAUUGAGCCAACUCUCCGUGAACUACAAGCAAAGAUGAGAGAAGCUGAGAAUAAUCCUCAUGAUGGUAAGAGAAAAUGCGAGGCAUUAUGGCCUAUAUUUAAAAUUGCACAUCAAAAGAGCCGUUAUAUUUUUGACCUUUACCAUCGGCGGAAGGAAAUAUCUAAGGAAUUGUACGAGUUCUGUAUGGACCAAGGUUAUGCUGAUCGCAAUUUAAUUGCAAAAUGGAAGAAGCCUGGCUAUGAACGUCUCUGCUGUUUAAGAUGCAUGCAGCCUCGGGAUCAUAACUUUGCGACGACAUGCGUCUGCCGGGUACCAAAACACUUGCGAGAGGAGAAGGUUAUAGAGUGUGUGCAUUGCGGUUGUAGGGGCUGUGCCAGUGGAGAUUGAUUGGACCUGUCCCUUUUCAUAGUGUAUAAAUGACUGGACAUCUUUGCUUAUUGUUGGUAUCAUGUAUUAUCAUUGGCAAUCUGUGGAAUUCUCAUCAUUUUGAAGCUCGUUCAUUGGUACUGGUUUUUUUUUUUUUUUUUGCCUCUUUCAAUUCCAGGGCCCAGUCAUAUUAAGUAUUGUACUUUACCUAUUUAUUCUUAUUUAAAAAUUUUAUUUGUCAUA